AUGACUACCACGGGCUUAUUCCAGCGCGCGUUGUGGUCUAGUAGCAGCGCUCGGAGCUCGCACAUUCUCACGUUGUCGUCGCAUCAUCUGCCUCCAUCCCACCCCAUCCUCACCCCAGCGGUGUAUCAUCCAUCCCACCGCACGUUUGACGAGACCUACGACCUUUACGACCCUUCUACGCUUACGACCCCUUCCCAGCAACGCCAGCAGCAGGCUGCUCCUCGUCCUGCGCCGAAUCCAACCACCCGCAGCCCCCUUUCCCCUCCCAGUGCGCAACAGGGCAGCCCCCGUGUUAUCCGGAGAACUUCCCGCUAUUCGCCGCGACGACCGGGCUCGGUAGAUGCAUCGGGACGACCUUUUCACAUAGAACAGACCAUCCCAGUACUCGUGCGACCCGCUCCUGAACCACAAACGGACGACGACGACGACGACGAGAAUAGCGAUUCUGCACUCGACGAGAAUCCGCAAAUCUCAGGCGAAUCCUACUGGCCUCGUCGAUCCACCCGCGUCUCUUCCCGCACAGCAUCGGCUAUUCUCUGGGCGUUGGAAGAAGCUAUUCGAAAGCCAUUUCCGUUUACUCCUGAUUGGCAAGAAGUGAACGCGUCAAUGUCCGACCUGGGAGGAGCACCUGGUUCUGCCGCGCUGGCAGGCAAUGGCCGCAGCCAGAAUGGCGCGUCACGGGCGGCUCACGGCCCGAUUCCCGUGAACCCACAUCCACCCAGUGGUGUGCGAACGCCCACCGAUAUUAUGAGACAGCGCCGAGAUCGAGAAGCGCGCCGGAAAGCGGAGCAGGAGGCCAAAGACCGGGAACAGGACGAGGUGGGGCGCACACUUCAGCAGGAACACGCUCCCGCCCAACCCUACCCUGCUGGCGCUGCUGGCGACAGAUCUUCACAACGACGAGCGGCACCGAAAGGGCCGCCCGCGCCAGAACGCACCGCCACUGGUGCUCCGAUCACCUCACCAACGAGCCCUCGCCGUCCAGACCCUCAAUUUCAGCCUCAAAUACCCACGGGUGCAGCAGCUCAAGGCCAGCAGAGGCCGCCUACUACUUCCGCUCCGCUGCAGCCGGGUUCUACAGUGCCUAAGCCCUCUGUUCCGCAAACCCAAGUUCCUUCCAGUGGUAGCCAGCAGGCUACGUCUCAACCUCAACAGCAGCAGCAGCAGCAACAACCCCGUCGUGUCGGAUUCCCACAUGCGUUCGAAAGGUGGGAGACUCUCUCAUCACAUUGGGAGGGCCUGACCGGCUACUGGAUUCGCAAGCUUGAGCUGAACAAUGAGGCCCUCGAGAGGGAUCCGCUCAGCCAACAAAUGGCUCGCCAAGUCACCGAUCUUUCUGCCGCCGGUGCUAACCUUUUUCAUGCCGUGGUGGAACUGCAGCGCUUACGCGCAUCCUCGGAGCGUAAGUUCCAACGGUGGUUCUUUGACACCCGUGCCGAACAAGAACGGGCCAAGGAACUCCAGGCGAGCCUCGAAUUGCAAGUUCAAACCGAGCGACAGGCCCGAAGCGAGGCGGUCACAUCCCUGCAAAAGUCCGAAACGGACAAGGCCCGGAUUGAAGAGUUGCUGAAAGAGAUGCGUCGUGAACUGCAAAUCUCGAAAGAUGAGGCUCGUCGUGCCUGGGAGGAGUUGGGCCGUCGCGAACAAGAAGAACGGGACCGCACCAACUCCCUUCGUAAUGGAGAACCCACCCUAGUGGGCGGAGUCCAGGUAGUGCCAAUGAUCCCUGGGCCCCCUGGUCGACGCGAUCCCGCCCGUCCUCCCACUCGCGAUGGUCCGUUUCCCGGAGGCGACCAUCGUGCCAGUAUGGGGGCCACCCCAGACCACCUAUACGGGGAGACCCCGGCGUCACCGGCUGGAACUGAUCCUUUCACUGAGGGCUCCCAAGCGCAGCCGUCUACUUCUACAGCCUCGCACACCCCGGCGCAGUAUGCGGGUCAAUAUUAUGAGCAAGAGGGUACCCACCCGGCUCAAACCACAGCAGAGCGGCGUGAGGAACCGUCCCAUGGUCCUGGCUUGGGCAGCAGCGAGCCCGGUGAGGAGGACUACGGUAGCUAUGCUCAUAAUUCACAAGGUCGUCAAAUCGUCUACCCUCGUCCAAUGUCUGAGGAAAGCGACGAAUAUGAGCAGGGAUCAGUUGAAGAGGGUGAACACCGCUAUGCGACCAGCACCAUGCCGCCUUCCUCGGCGCCACUGUAUGUUGGUUAUGACCAGGGAGCAGUGGACUACAGCGGAUCUGGCUGGGGUGUCGGAGCCGGAUGGGAGUCGCUCACUCCUCGUCAUCGCCAUCCUACCCGUCUGAGCGAUGUUCUCGAGGAGGAAGAACCCCGGACCACCCCCAGUCGUGCGAGCCGUGCCAGUCAAGCCAGCAGGAGUGUACAUUGACCGAGAUGAGGUUUUUUUUUCUUCUUCUUUUGGGGCGUACAUAAUAAGCAAAGCGUAUUUGACAUUCCACCGGACAAAAACGUGGCUUUCGUUUUCGUUUCCUUUUUUUUUUCUUUCUUUUUUCCCGCCCUCGAUUUUCUCGAUUCAACCACGCGAUUAUGUGAUGCGAUAUCGGGUCCAGCAUUAUGCGAUGAUACUAUCUUUUCGAAAAUUUCCUUCUCCUUUCCUCUGCAUUAUUUAAGCCGCCAAUUCCACCUCGUCGAUCAUGGUUGUCAUAGCAUAGACUUGGGAGUCAGGAAGCGCAAGUAAUUAUUUGUAAUUCUAGUCGAUGAUUUUGGUUUCAUGAAUAUACAGCAUCAUUCCGGU